AUUUCAGGAAUGUGCUGUGAAAGUUGAAGACCGUAAAGAACCGUACAGAGAACUUCGCACUUUGAGCAAUGAUGUCACUGGCUCCUGUCUACAAGACGAUGCUAUCAACAUCUACAACAGUAUGGCUGACAUUGACAAACAAUGGCGAGAAAUUCUGAACCGUUUGAACAAAGUGAAAAAGAAUGUGGAUGACAAUUACAGAGCUUCAAAGAAAUUCUUUGGAUCAUAUGAUGAGUUGAUAACCUUUAUGACCGAAGCCGAGAAACAGUUGGAAUCUGAGGAUAGUAUUGGAGCUGAUCCUGCUGUUCUGAAACAUCAACUCAAGAAACACAAGGUAAACUUUCAUUUCUCUUGCUUUACAAACUUUAUCAAAACAAACUGAAGUGUCGAGACUUGUGGUAGUAAGGGAUUAAUUAAAUCUAUUUCCUUGAACCAGAGAAAUGAAAGUGUCUAAUGUUUAUAUGUUACUCAAAUCGCUAGCUAUUCCAAAGCACCCUGGGUCCACAGCAAGCCAAGAUGGACGUGACGAUAAAAUCUGGCAAAGUUCUCAUCGACCGUGGCGAAGUUGACGACGCUGUGGUAGUCGAAGCCAAGAUUGCUGAAUUGAAAGAACGCUGGGACGGUCUUUGUGGCUUGUCUGUUGAAAGGUAGGAUAAACGAACCUCUACACUAACUUUAUUUCAACAGGAUAUCACUGUGUCACCCACAGAGGAAUAAUUAUGAAUUUAAAAUUCCUCUCUUUUUUAGGCAACAAAAGCUCGAGGAAGCUCUGCUGUUUACAGGAAUGUUCCAAGAUGCAUUGCAAUCAUUGUUUGAUUGGCUAGAGACAGUAGAAUCCGGUCUCUCGAGUGAGACAGCGAUCAUGGGUGACACUCAGACCGUGCUUAUUUUAAUGGAUAACCAUAAGGUACGGUUAUAAUGUAUAAAUGGUGGGUUUUACUAAGCCCCAUCGCGCCACAGAUGGUGGUCAACGAACAAUUGCCAGAAUAAUGGUGAUUCUUUUUAUUACCGAAAUGUAUCUAAAUGCUUUACCUAAAAUCCAUCAAUUAAUAGUCAUAGUCUAGGUUAUAUAAUGUAUGUACUGGUCCAGUGUAGAUAGUAUUCUACAGUAAUCUCCUUGUCCAGAUCUACCUAAAAAAAGAUUAAGUUUCAUCCAAAACUACAACAGUUUCUGACAGUUGCUAAACUCUUUUCGUUCAUCAAGGCAUUCCAACGAGACCUUGCAAGUCGACAGAAAACCUACGACUCUGUCGUGAAAUCAGGCCGACAGUGUGUUGAGGAACAGAAAGUCGAAGACCCCACGGCAUUGGCCGACACUCUUGACGACCUCGUUGUACGAUGGGAUACAUUGAGCAUGAUGUCGAACACCAAACAAGAACGGUUGGAAAAUGCUCUGACCCUGGCGGAAGAAUUCGAGUCUGGAGUGAAGGAAGAAUUGAAAGUCUUGAAGGGAAUUGACACGAGAUUGAGAUCAUUUGGUCCUGUGGCUGAUAACGUGGAUGGUGUUGAUAAACAGAUUGAAGAGAUGGAGGUAAGACUAUAAAACUAACUUUGUUUAUGUACCUACAUGUAGAACUGACUGCGCCAAUUUUCUAUUAACUAUAGGCCCAUUAUUUUGCAAUACACUUAGUUCAGACAUUCGUGGAGCAUCAACUCUGUCUUUGUUUAACAAAAAAUAAAGUUGUACUUAUUUACACGUAUACAUACUAUUUGAUCUCAGAUAUAGGCAGCGUAUUUUCUGACUCUGUAUAUUUAGUUCUUUUCAAUUAGUUUACUUAUCUUUACUUUACUAUAAUAUAACAGGACGUGUAUCACCCUCAUCGGUAUAACUAAUUAUUAUUUAAAUCAACUUAAUAUUCGAGAGGAGCCCAAAGCAUUAAUAAGCCGUAUGGGUUCUAUUUGGGCUUCUCGUCACUUUUGUGUAAUGUAUGUAGAUAUGUGUGUAUUGAUGUUUGGUUUUAUUUGCAGGAAGUAUUAGCUGACCUUCAAACUGAGGAGGGUAAAGUGAAAUCCACUAUCAAGAAAGGUGACAUGAUUCUGAGGUUCUGUCAUCCUAGUGGAACACACACCAUACAGACAUUACUGAACAGACUUAAGAAACGCUGGGAAGAGCUCAAUAGUUGGGCGAACCAGAGAAAGACAAGGCUUGAUGAACAUCUCAAGUCUAUGGAAGAUGAAAGGAAAUUGAUCGAAGAAUUGUCUGCUUGGGUUAAGGAAAAGGAAGCCGUGAUUGAAGAAAAGGAAGCUGUACCUUUACCAGAAGAAGACACUGACAAAUUGAAGGCUUUGCUUGAUGAACAUAAGGUAAUCUACACAAGUAAAAACGCACAAGUUGUAACAAACCUGCAGCAGACUUGUAGCAAUGCUGUUCCGACAACUUGUCAACAGGAUGUGUUCGCACUGCUUGUUCCCAGCUUGUUGACAAGUUGUCAAUGGCUUGUUGACAACUUGCUACAAGGUUGUUGAGCUCAACAGACUUGUUACAAGUUGUUCCAACAAUUUGUUAUCGUCCUGCAAUUCAACAGUUUGUCAACAAGUUGUGAGUGACAACCUUGUAGCAACUUGAUAAAAUAACAGCAUUGUUACAACUUGUUGACACGCUUGCUACAAACCUGUUGUGAACACAUCAAGUUGUGAGAUUUUUCUGUUUUCUCCUUCGGACAUAUUUCCUUAAACUCCUAUUCCAAGUACAUGAGCUCAUGCAUAUUCAUAUUUCAGUUUUAUUUUCCACCAGGAAUUCCAAGACAAUCUUACAACACGACAACCAGAUUAUGAUCAAAUCAUGCGAUCAUCAAAGCGUCGACAGCUGGCAGCCGAGCCUGCGAGAAAACACGAAAUACCAAGCAAAGUACGACCCGGCUGGAAUAAGACACGAAUCCCACGCAAUGCUCCAUCUAGUCAACCUGUAUUUAGUCGUGGACACUCGUUCACGCGAGACAAAAGUCCCGCGCGUGCUCAACUGGCGAAACAUUGGCAACACUUGUGGUUGUUGUCACUAGAGCGCAUGCGCCGAAUUCAGGAGAGAUUGGACUACAUCACUCAAAAGAAGCUAGCGGCGAACUUCAGCUUUGACGAAUGGAAAAAGAGAGUAAGUUGGUUUGUUUAAACUCGACAGUUCCACUAAACACUAGCAGAGAAAAUAAUGUUAAUUAUUUUCCUUAUAUGUAGGAAUCUAAAAUUUCACUCACAUCUCAGUAAAAUGUUCAAUUGAUUAAUUGUAAUGUACUGUCUUUGUUUAGUUCGGCCACUGGCUGCACGAGAGCAAAUCACGUGUCUUGGAUAUUUUCAGACAAAAUGAUCACGAUCACGAUGGCAGUUUGACACGUGAACAGUUCAUCACUGGCUUCCUUGCCACAAGUAAGCCUUGAUAAUAUAUUCUCAUUAAUCAUCAUUAUCAUCAUUAAUCAUCAUUAUUAUUUAUUACCAUGCAUAAAUUAUCAUCAAAUAUGCAACAACUUUAUUGAAUUUCGUUCACAAUAUUAUUGUUUCAGCAUUCCCUACGGAAAGAUGGGAGCUUCAGCUGGUUGCAAGAAAGUUUGAAAGACGUGGUCUCAUUUCCUACAAAGAUUUCGUGGCUGCAAUGAAAGCUGUAAGUAUAUAUAUAUAUAUAUAUAGUUGUAUAACCUUUAUUUCCAAGUGUAUAAGAUGUAAACACUAUAAAUAAAGUCUGACAAGAUAUAUUUUACAUACAUCCGCAGUUUCCUCUUAUGUAUUUCCUAUUUUCCACACGCAUCGAGUGUCUAGCAUAUUCUGAAACAUUUGUUAAUGCCAAUAAUUUCCUGAAUGAGACUAUACUUGUAUAAAACAACAUAAAUAGAUAAACGAAAUGCUUUCCUAAUAAGCCUAUAUGUGUGGUGUAGAACUGCGUGAAAUCUUCAUUUUCCCUUGCAAGUUUUAUUCCCAUUUUCAUGGUAGAUUUUUAGACUAAAAUAAUCCUUCACCCCUGACGUCCUAUCUUAGCCAAUAUUCCAGCUAUUCAUGUUGCCCCUGUCUUAAAUGGUCAAUAUCGUAAAAGUAUUUGUCUUUUUCAUGAAUAUGUCGGACCGGUUUUGGUACAAUGACUCGAUAUCGAUCAAGUUCCGAUCAUGACCAAAAUCAUUAUAUAAGGAACUGCUUUGCUCAAGUUCAGAAUUAUUGUUGAUAAAAAUCGGUCGUAGUAGGUUUCUUGAUUAAAUACAAUUGGUUUGGUGAGGGUUAAGAAUAUUCCAAAAGUGCAAGACAAUGGUUUAUAUGGCAGCUUAUGAAGGACCAGGACAAAACGAGGCAACGUCCGAGUCUGUAACAAACGAUUAUACAAGCGAUGAUGAAAAUGAUGAUUUGAGCGAAUCAAAAUCUUUUUACAUGGUGCCAAUGUCUUUCGUCAUUCAUACAUAUUCCCGAGUACAACCUGACUCGAUCACCGAGUCCAGUCAGACUUUAUCAACACAAUUUUCACCUUAUCGCCACAAAGUCACGAUGUUUAAGGUAUUUUUAUGUGUUACUGUUGAAAAGUUGGCAAGUUUUAUGUGAAAUAUUGGCAUUGAGUUCUUAUCGUAACCGUCAACCCACCAAUAUAUAAAAGAAUUCUUCAUUUCGUAUUGCUUCAUAUAUGACUUAUGUCUUACAUCUUCUUUUCAGAAAAAAUCAACAAAACCUCUGACAGAAUCCGAGCAAAUUCACGAUGAAAUUGAACGACAGGUGUCAGAGUGCGAAUGUCCGCAUAAAUUUGAAGUUACUAAAGUUGCAGAGAGGAAGUACCGGGUAAGAGCCUUAAAUGUUUCAUUUUAUAUUGGCUUUGCUGACACUUUUGAAAUUGCAUAUUCCAUACUCGUUCAUUUGUGAAACCCAUGCCGUUUCUUUUUACCUGUAGUUAUGGCUACGUCGAUGAACCAAUUGUACUAGUUAUGUCUGAGUAAACACGACCAGCUGUCUUGAUAUUUUUCUUGUAUUUUCAGUUCGGCGACUCACAGAAACUUCGUCUGCUACGAAUCCUGCGAAGUACUGUCAUGGUUCGUGUCGGUGGAGGUUGGGAAACUCUUAAAGAAUUUCUGAGCAAGAACGAUCCUUGCAAAGGUGAACAAAAUGAUGCUUUACUUCCUUAGAAUUUUCGAGGCAGUACUAGUUUACACUCCCAAAGUUUCUGUGACGACAGUAGGAAUUUUGCAUGGGCACAUUCUAAGUUUUGAAGGAUUUUCACAGAAACUUUGACAGUGUAAAGCAGCCAAAACUGAAACCUACUGAUUAAGACUGAUUUUAGGCACACAAUAAGAGAUGACAUUGUAGUGCAUUGAACGUUUGAAUAUGGAGAUAUAGAACUGACAAUAUUUAUAAUACGUCGUUUCCUUUUUAGCUGAAGGUCGUACCAACUUCGACAUCCGUAACCUGGCAGCCUCGCCAGACUUGUCAGUACACAACAUAGGGACAUUCCGUAACAAACGACCUGGAAUAUCUCGCGAGGGAUCUGGAACCGAUCUUAAGGAUGGUCUUGCACCCCCUGCGUUGGGACCGCGUAAGAAGUCUGGGUCCAACCUCAAAGGUGACAAAGCAGGCGAACUCAAGAAAGCGGGAAGUAGAGAUGGCCUUGCCUCGCCUAGGGCUACGACUCCCACCUCAAGAGUCAAGAAAGCGACAAGUCACACAUCGGUACACAGUGACGACGGCAAACCGGAGGCUUCCGGAACAUCUACGCCGACGAAGACGAAGACGAGCACUAAACGAACAACUACGAGUACAAGUCGUGUACCCACGCCGAAAUCGACCACGUCGCGCGCGAGUCCCGCAAAAUCAACCGUCGCGUCGAGGACGACAACCUCACGAAUUCCAAGCCCGUCGACAACUGGCGGUGCUUCACGUACGACUACGACUACAACCCGAACGGGUAGCGGAGGAACACGAACGCCUACGAAAUCAACGUCAUCGGCUACCCCGCGAAGCUCAACGAAAACAACGAAAACUACCAAAACAACGAAGAAAUAGACUGGUCAAAGAAUUGACCACGACACCGACAUAGGAGAGCAGUGAUCGUGAAUAAUUUGCAGAUUACUGGCUCACAAGAAGACAAGAAAUAGGCAAAACUAUGGGCAAAACACUGCACAUGCUUGCACUAAGUGAUUCUAGACCUUAAUUAUAGUUAGCAUUUCGUAUGGUUAUAUUUUUAGUUAUGUUAGAAUUGAUAUUUAAUUUCAAGGAUGUUGUACAAUUUAGAUGUCCACCGUGACACUAAGCCAUACAUGUUCGUACGCACUUUGUCUUCAAAGGAGAUUUAGGAAAACAAAAUAAUUCGAUAAACGUAAGAUAAUUUCUCCAUAGUAUAUGUAGCGAAACAAAAAAUUAGUGAAUUUGACAAAGUUUCCAUAACUCAAUGGCUGGCGAGUUUUGGUGACUUUGUCAAACAACAACAACAUUUUAGUUUUUGGAAUCUUACCAAAUACAAUAUGACCUAAACUAAAUUACUGGGAAUUUUUAAAGGUUUCCUUAAACUCAUGGCUGGCGAGUUUUAGAAACAUUUAACUGUUUCCAUAAAUUGGUGUUUUCUCGGAAACGAAGAAAUUUUAACGACUUUCCAUAGAUCCAAAAUAUUGAUAGGAACAAAAUUGGUGAAGUUUCUGGAACUCUCAUGGCUGGCGAGUCUUAGAAACUUGUCCAAUUGUUUUUAGAAUUUCUAGUAUUGGAAUCUUGGAAAUUUCUGAAAACACAUACAUCAUAGUGUAGCUAACUUAUAUGUUGUUAAGUGUAUCAGUGUCUGUAUGUGAAAUGUUCAGUAGUGAAAUGUGAUUUUGUUAAAAUGUAAAGAGUGUAACAUUAGGUAUAAUUUUAAAGUGAAAGAAAGAAUAAA